ACCAACAUCACUAGUGACUACAUCUACCCUUUGGCAGAAGACGGUCUGAUAGAUGAACUCCAAAUCCUUCCUAAGAAAUAUCCAGAACUUGACCUAGAAGAUUGGAGGACAUUUGUUAGCCACCGUUUAUCUCCUGAGUUUAUGGCUUUGCGGGAAGCACAACGUGAAAGAGCUCUCAAAUAUACUUCGAGGCAUCGUACAUCUCGUAGAGGGCUUGCCAAUGUUAGAGAGGACCUGAAAACUGAACUAGGUGUGGCAGAUGUAGAACGGUACCAAGUAUGGAUAAGAGCACGAGAAAAGAGGAAGGUUCUUGUCACAGAUUUGGACAAACAAAUUGAAGCAAGAAUUAAUGAGCUGAAAGAAAAAGUUAGUAGUGGAGAAAUCAUUGCAAAGGGUCGGAAUGACAUAUUAACGCAAGCUUUAGGGACACCUGAGCACCCAGGGCGUGUUAGAGCACUUGGGUCGUUUGCGAAGAUUUCGUCCGUCUUUGGAAGAAAACCAAAAAUAGCAACAGAAAUGGCUGAUGUUGUUAGUAAGAAAGAUGCAGAAAUUGCGAGGCUCAAAGCAGAACUUAAAGCUUUAGAGGAGGAAAAAGCUAAACAAGCAGGUGGGAUAGAUGAUAUGGAUGAACACGACAAUGAUGACGAGCAGAGCGACGAAGAAUACCACACACCGUACAUGCAGGAUGACACACCGUACAUGCAGGAUGUGUUACUUUGUUCGGAUAAUAUUCAUAAUGUGGUGGCAGAGGGUGUUAUCAUUGAUGGGGUGGGUCCACUGACUAUUCAUGGUGUUCAACUGACAGACGAAUACGCGAGGGUGCGAGUCACCAAAAUGUUACAAGAGGAUGCUAAAAUCCCAUGUUCUGUUGGGGAGAUACACUAUGUUCGAGAUACUUAUGACACAUUCCUUCCUUGGCCAAAAGAUUUAAUUAUGACUGACCAGGUAUAAACGAAUUCUUUAA